AUGGCGCUCAAGAACAUCUUCAAGCUUAAACGCAACCGCAGCAGCGACGGGAACGAGGCGCGCAACGGCAACGGGUCUGGGGCAGCAGGAUGGAGCGCUCCCCUCCCUCCCUGGCCGCGCCCGUCCGGCUCGCCGCCAAUGCUGCAACACGAAUCAAAGUACAACUGCCUCGAAAUCGCGCAGAUGGUGCUCGCAGACCCGCAGGCGCCAGGCUACAUCUGCUACAUGGCCGCAAACGAGCUCCUGCGCGCAAACUUCAUGCAGGACCUGAUCCUCAUGCAGCUGGGCGGCAUGGGCGUCGACGUGUACCCGCGCGAGGCGGUCUUCGGCGUCGUCUUCGAGCUGGGCGUACGCGCGCGCCAGGGCGGGUGCACCAAGGGCUACAUUAUCAUCAGCCACAUGCUCGCGAGCCCGAACUACUUUGCGCCAGUGCACGAGGGCUCGUUUGCCCAUGCGGCGCAUAUGCUGCACUACGUGAUCGACACCGAUACCGAAGCGGCCAUCCGCUUCAUCGACCAUGCGCGCCUCGCGACCCCCACCGAGGGGAUCGACGCGGCGCAGAUCGCCGAGUGGAAGGCGACGGCCGCGCGCAAGCUCGACGAGCUGCUCGCCAGCCCGGGCGGCGCCGACAGGGACUGGAACAACGCGCUCCAGACAAAGGGGCUGCACAACCUCCGCGUGCUGAAAGCGUACAUGCUCUUCACCGGGGACGGGUACCCGCAGGACCUGGCCGCGUCGCGCAAGCUCUUCGAGGAGGCAGAAGCGAGGGGCGACCACGAGGCCGGCAUGGAGCUGUACAUCUUCGAGAGCGUGGGGCACGGGUGUCCAGUCAACAACGACAAGGCGAUCGCGUACCUCCGCCGCGCGGCAGCGAACGGGUCGCAAAGGGCAAUGUGUAACCUCGGCGGGUUCCACGCGACGGGCAACGGCGUGCCCAAGGACGAGAAGCUCGGCGUCGAGUGGUACGCCAAGGCGGCCGAACUCGGCAACUAUAGGGGCAACCGCACCCUCGCGAUGAUGCACGGCACCGGGCAGGGCGCGCCGCUCGACGCGGAGAAGGCGGAAGAGUACGAGUUUGAGGCUGCGGUGGCGGGGUGGCCGCACCCACUCAACAUCAACGACCUCAUGGACGUCCCCGUCGACCAGGUCAAGAUCCCCCAGUACAGCUAG